AUGGACGGGAGUCUGUUUGUGCUGCUGCUGCUGUCAGGGCUCCUCUGGAGCAGUUCUGCUCUUUCUCGUCAGUACCACUUUAUAAAUUUGAGAAUGUCGUGGCCAGAGGCUCAGAGUUACUGCAGAGAGAAGUACACUGACCUGGCUACUGUAGACACCAUGGAUGAUGUGAACAGGCUGGUAAAUAUAGUGGAUGCUGGAUACAGCGGAUCAGUGUGGAUUGGACUGAAGAGAGGGACACAGACACGCUGGGCUUGGUCUAAUGGAGAAGACAAAUCUUCUCCGUACUCUAACUGGGAUUCAGGAGAGCCAAAUGAGAAUGCAUCUUGUGUAACUUAUCGUAACGGGUUCUGGGUUGAUAUGGAUUGUAGCUAUAAACGAUAUUUUACGUGCUACAAGGAAAAUAAUGGAUACAUCCUGGUAUGGAGCGCUAAAACUUGGAGUGAUGCUCAGAGCUACUGCAGAGAGAAUUACAUAGAUCUGCCCUCCAUCCACAACUCAGAGGAUAAUAACCAGAUAACCAGGGUUAUAACAACUGGAAAUUACAUCUGGUUUGGUUUGUUCCAGGACUCUUGGGAAUGGUCUGACAAAUGGAGCCUCUUCUUUAGAAACUGGGCAGCAGGUCAACCAUCCCAGAGUUCAGGAUCUGGUGACUGUGUCGGCAUGUCAAGAAUCAAGUCUGGGAAAUGGGCUCAUGAAAGCUGUGAUCUACAGUAUCCUUUUAUCUGCCAUGGAGUGCGCAAGUCUCCUAAGUACCAGUUUAUGAAUGAAAGCAUGACAUGGCAAGAUGCUCAGAGUUACUGUAGAGCGAGGUUCACUGAUCUGGCCACUGCUGACACCAUGAGCGACGCAAGUUUGUUGGUAAAUACAGUGGAUGCUGGAUACAGUGGUUCAGUAUGGAUAGGUCUCCACAAUGGAACAGAGUAUCGCUGGGUCUGGUCUAUGGGCACACAGUCCCAGUACAGUAUCUGGAAUCCAGGAGAACCAAAUGGUGAUGGAGAGUGUGUGAGGAGUUUUAAUGGAAGCUGGUAUGAUGAGAGCUGCAUCACCGCUCUCCCAUUUGUGUGUUUCAAUGACAGCUCUGGUUUUAACAUCAUUACGACUGCUAUGGCAUGGAGAGAUGCUCAAAGUUACUGCAGAAAACACCACACUGACUUGGCGAGUAUCAGCAGCGCAGAGCAGCAGAAUCUGAUCAGUAAUCAAGCAUCGCUCUGGAUUGGUCUAUUUCUGGACUCUUGGGAAUGGUCUGACAAAUGGAGCCUCUUCUUUAGAUACUGGACAGAAGGUCAACCAUCCCAGAGUUCAGGAUCUGAGUGUGUCGGCAUGUCAAGAAACAAUUCUGGUAAAUGGGCUCAUGAAAGCUGUGAUCUAAAGCGUCCUUUUAUCUGCCAUGGAGAUGACACAUUAAUUAAAAAGCAGAUCGUCAAACUGAAAUUGUCCUGUAAUGGAAAAUGCACAUUGAAUGAUCCUUCCAUACAGACUGCCAUCCUGAAUGAGAUAAGUGAAAAGCUGAAGAGCACGGGGCUGGAAAGUGACAGCAAAAUAAGCUGGAGAAAGAGGGAAGGCGAAGAGGUGUUUCAACAGAAGAUAAAACACACAGCGAGUUCAAAUAAUAAAUGUAAUAAGCAGUAA